UUCAAAGUUUAAGAAUUAAAGAAAGACAAUGGGGUAUAGUUAUAUUCUGAUAUAUCUGUUCUUAAUUUUUCAUUCUUUUCUACACAGAUCUGAAGGCAAUUUCAAGUUUUAUUUGGCUGAUUACUUGAAAGGAUACAAAUGUUUGGAUGAGAACAUAUCCUUUAAGAUGGCAAGCAGUAGAUCUAAAUCAGCAUGUGCACACAGAUGUUGGAUGGACCUUACUUGUUCUAGCAUCAUAUACUAUCCUGAUACCGGCAAUUGUACGGGCUGUACUUCCUUCACCGGAGUAGCUGAUCUUUUACAGAGCAAUUCGGUAUUCUACAAAAAACGUGGAUAUCAAUACAUCGGUUGCUAUAACGACAAACCUAGGAUUCUGGCUGAUUAUAACUAUUCUCCAAGUCAAUCAACAGAAAACUGUCUCGCCCUUUGUCGAAACAAGGGCUUACCCUUUUCAAUGACUGAAUAUGCCAACGAAUGCUGGUGCGGUGCAAAUGUAAAUUUCGCCAUCACUGAGAAGAUACCAGAGUCCAGAUGCAACAUGACUUGUGUAGGUAAUACGAGUCAAAAAUGUGGAGGCUCCUGGAGUGGUAAUCUAUAUCGGACAGGAGUGUAG